GGUGGGUAUGGGUGUCAUACGUCUCUUUACUUACACACAGACCCAAAUACACACCCACACCCACACACCCACAUCCUUAAUUAAGUCCUAUAAAAAACAAUUUUAUCUUCGAAUGAGUGCUUACUAAUGCAUGCAAUUAAACAGAAAAUAAUCUGUAAUGUCAAGAAAUGUUGAAAGCUGCAAGGAGUAAUCUUUUUUAUUCUUAUCGAAGAAGUUUGUGAUGACCAGAGGCUAAUUAGAUAAAUCUGAAUCGAUUUAUGACUGUUUCUUUUUCACAGAUUUAUACCAGAUCGCUUUACUUCUCAAUAAUGACUACAAAAGGGUGUAUGGAUGUGAAUGGGGGUGUGAGUAUGAGUGUGAUGGGUGUGAAUGGGUGUGGGUGUGGUAGGUGUGGAUGAGUGUGAGUGUGAGUGUUACCAGGAAGGUUGAGUAAGAGAACAUCGGCACACCCACACCCUGCUAGCCUUGAAAUGGCAUGAUAAAAGGGAUGUUAUGAUAUUAUCAACUAUUCAUAAACCCCAAAUCAAAUAUACCGAAAGAAAUAAUACAACAAUUCAAAAACCAGUUUCAGUAAUUGAUUAUAAUAUUAACAUUUACACGAUCGAUAAAGCUGAUAUGCAAAUUAGUUUAGUCGAGUGUUUAAGAAAAACUGUAAAAUGGUACAGAAAAUUAUUUUUUCAUAUGCUUGAUUUAUCAGUCUUCAAUUCAUACUUGCUUGAUAAAGUCAAUACUGGAAAGAAAAGAAAAUUUGUGGAUUAUCGUUACAACUUAUUCGUGAAGUGUUACAAACUUAUACUGUUCCCAAACCCACCAUAGGUCGUUCUGCACUGACUGAUCAACCAACCAAACUUACUGGUAGACACUUUCCAUCUCUUGUACCCGAAACAACAAACAGACAAACUCGUCAGAGAAAAUGUGUUGUAUGUGCACACACUAGUUGAAGACCUAGAAAGAGGACUGAUUCACGCUAUAUGUGUAAAGAUUGUGAUGUAGGUCUUUGUAUUGUUGGUUGUUUUGGGGAAUUUCAUACUUUAUUACAUUUUUAGCUUCUUUUUGUACUAACUUCUCUUCUUAUAUAUUUUUAAAUUUUCUUGAUAUACUUCUUGAAUAUUUGUUUAUUUCUUCUGUUUUAGAAUACAGUGCGUCUUUUGAUUUGUUUCUGAAUGAAAAAAUUAUAUUUAAUAGCUGUCAGGUGACUUUAUAAGCGAAAACCUAAUUUUUUUCUAAAAACAAAAGUCAGUUCCCAACGGGUUAAAAUAAUCACAUCGUUCUUUACACAUUAUCAAUCGUCUCUUGUAAAUGCAAACAAAAUUGAUCACAUUUAUCGAUCAUAGAUGUGUUCUAUAGAUUAAUUGGAGCAUAAACAGCAAUAUAAGUCACAUUUAUUAGCGCACAAUACAUUUGGAUCUUAAUCAUUCUUUCAUUAAUCGCCUCUCGUUCUGAACCUGAUGACUUCCAAGUAUUCGUUGCUGGUUUGUUUAAACAAAUCGCUAUAUCACGUGCUGAUUUUGUUUUAUUAACUUUCGGAAGUCCGGAAUAUAUCAUUAUAAAAUCACCUAUUAAUUUUAUUCCUGACUCAUAUAUACCUGUUUCAAAUAACCCAUGGCGUAAAUUUCUGCGAAAAAAACGCGUUCUCAAAACGCAUUUUUCCAUAGUUGUGAAACGCGUUAAUGCUGACCGGUUUAACGCAUUUCACAUCUGCUAAUACGAACGCUGUGAAACGAUCGUUUUUCUAAAAAUGUUUCGUAGCGUUUCUCUAACUGUGGUGUCGUAUAUUCUAGAUGGAAAAAAGUGAAAACCGUCAAGUACUUCAUGCAUUUUGAGUUGCAGAUACAAUUAAUUUACUUGCUUAUAUGUUUCAUACACCUUUAGAGCUAUAACUUAGAUCAAUUUUGAUAAAGCCAACACAUAGAUUCGAACACUAGAACAUAAGAGUAGAAGACAUGUGUACAAACCGUUCAACUAAAAUAAUCUAAUGAUAUAAGUGCUUAUUCUAUAGUCUUUCAGAGUCUUGCGUAAAGUUACUAAAUUAGAUUUUCAGUAUCCCAUUCCAUUAAAUUAAAAAUUAUCAUUUCCUUGGUGCCUAUACCCAAUAAUGAGUUUGAUCUCCUCUUGGUAUAUUUUUUAUUUGAACCUGUUUAAAUUUAAAUUUAAAUACCCAAUUGAAACGAUUUUAAUUAAUUUAAAUUGUAUUUAAUAUUUCAACAAGUUGAAUCUCUUAGAUAUAAAUUUUAAGAAAUUUAAAAAUAAAUUUUUUGAAUUGUUUUCUUUAUUUAAUAGAUUUUUGUAUAUGUAAAUUCGUCAUCUUUUAUCCAAACGUAUCACUAAAUGCAAAGAAUAUUCUUUUGUAAAUCGAAUAUUCUUUGUAUUAAUAAGUCACGCUUACAUUAACAAAGUACGAACUAAAAUCAUAUUUAAUAGUAUUGUACACCGUAUCAUCAGUCACUAUCAAGUAGUCCAAAUAUGAAUUCAUACCAAUAAUUAUUCAAAUUAUAAAUAACUCGAGAUUUUUUUGUUCACAAAUAAACAAACAAAGUUGUCGUACACAUUAUACUAGCAUCAGUCUUUACUAAAUCUUUUCGAAUUGUUCAAUAUUUAAAACAAUGCUUGGUUGAACGUUACGAAACACGUUUUCUUUCAAUAAAAACCUAGUGAAAUGAGUUUUCAAGGAAAAAACAAUAUUUUUCUUACAUUUUGAUGUUCAACAUUAGUCUAACUACCAAUCAGACUUAUAUAACAGUCUAGCAGCCUAAACAUUUAGAAGAAUUCGAUUUUAAUCUUGCGUUUGGAAAGUUUGGGUCAUGAUUUUCAUGUUGAAAAACAGUGCAAGGAACAACAUGUUCAAAUCCCAUUUCCUAUAAUUUCUAAAAUAGUGCCAGAAUUAACUUUGCUUAACUCGUACAUUUUGUACAGAUAAAUUUCUGCAAGAUUCUGUAUGCAAAACGGAUAUAUUUUCCAUCAUUUCAAACAAAAACGAUGCAAAAUGUCUUUGAAAACAAAACGCGUUUCACAUUUCUCCGAAUCUGUGUCUCUGGAACGCUUUACCUAUCGACCGAAAUGCGUUCGACAGUAUUGUACUUCGGAAACGCUUCGAAACGCAAUCUUGGAAAAACGCGUUUCAGAUCGUUUCAAAAAACGCCAGCAGCAAAACGCAUUCUAUCGAAGUAAGAAUGCUGUGAAACGCGUUCUAUAUUGAAAAAACGUUGCGAAACGCAUGCUGCAGUCUCAGAAACGCGUUACGCAGUCCGUUUCCUUGAAUAUUUUACUCCAUGGGGAAAGUCUGCAAGAUUCAGAAUUGAAAAAUCUCAUCGGUAAACAAUGUAUUAGCACAUUAAGAUAUAUUCUCAUGAGUAAAUAAACCACCAAUCACCACACACUCCUUUCCAUCUGUCUAAAAACAGAGCUCUCUCAAGAAUUCAAAAAUUACAAACGAAUUUAGACAGAAUUUCAUUGCUAAUAGAAAAAGAUAAACAAGAUCAGCAGUGGUCAACACACGCUUCUGGCUAUGCUCCAAUUCUAGUGAAGAAUAUAAAAAUAUCAGCAGCAUUUAAACGGAGUUCUGUUCCAACUAACAGAAUAGAAAUUUUCAAUUAGCAUACUAUCCAGUCAAAAGAAUAAUGGACAAAUGAUCAUUAAAAUGCAUCUUAAUUUGUAGAUAAACCAUUUUGACCGUUUUAUGAGCUUCCUGACUCUAUUUUUCCAAGUUUGUGAUGAGUUAAAUUUGUCUAGAGUUUCUUAAAAUUAUAUGAUUUACUAAUUUUUUCUCAAUAAGCGUUCAUACUUGACACAAUAGUCAAAUGAGAAACUGAAUGUCAUCGAUUCAUUUUGUGUUUUGCCGUAGAUAAAUAAAUGCUGUUUUCAUUUCUACAGAUAAACUUUAAAAGCAUUGUUCAAAGUUAAGAUCUUCAAGGAAAAUACAAAAAUUUAAGUUUUUGUCGCUUUGCAGAACAACUCCUGAAUGAUACACGUCUUAAUGGUUUGAAUUUUGAUUUGAAGCUAUUUAUUUCGUUUCUAGAAAGAUAUGUCGAAACUCAAUUAAAUGAAAAGAUCAUUUUAGUAUUGAGUGAUUUAAAGGUCUGAAUCAUUCAUUCAACAACUCGAAUCAAUUAAAAAAUAAAUACUAAAUGAUGAUUUUUCUAGAAAGAGAAAAUAGGCUAAAUUAUAAUGCUUCGAUUAAAAGUCAUAGCUUUCAACAGUACUUUUGAAGUUUAUGUAGAAGUAGAAAAUUGGUGAAACCUGCGGACCUGUGAAUAUUUUAGAAGAUGAACAUAUGAUGAUGAAAUAGAUUUCAAUUACAUUAUGUGUUUCAAAGGAAAAUGAAAUGUAUAAGAGAACGAUUUGGUAAAUCUUGUCACACUACUAAAAUUCCAUAUGAUUUGCCUUCGAACAAUAUUUUAUUUGAAAGAAUUAUAUCAUAUUGAAGAGAAAUGGAAUGGACAUUCUGAAACAAAAGAGACAACGAUAUUCAGAAUUAUCCAAUCCUGAACUUGGAUGUAUCUCUCAGUACGUUCAUAUUUGUUGAUGUACAUAUCUCAAGAAAUACUGAACUGGUUCGAUAGUUCUUGACUCUGAAAGAGAAUCGUUUGCAUCGAACAUUACAGAAGAAAUUGAACCUAAUGCAUUCAUAACUUCUAUAAUUCAAAAAGAAGACAUUGUCUAUUAAGUUUCAAAGGUCGAGAAAUCUAGUGCUCUGAGUUCCUAACUAGCUCAAAUUUCUACUUAAGCUGCUAUCAUCGACAUUUUGUAAUUUAUUCAUUUAAAUCUUAAUGUUUGCUCACCAGAUUGAACUAGUCGAGGGUGUGGGUGGGGUGUGGAGUGUGGGUGGGUGUGGGUAUGGGUGUGCAUGCGAGUGUUAGUGGGUGUGGGUAUUGGCUAAGAGAUGUCUCACACCCACACUCUUUUCCACCAUUCUUUGUUUUCUCAAACUAAUCUAACGAAUUCUCAACUGUUAACCUCUACCAGAGUAUAAAGAUCAUAAUGACGUCACAAGUCUUUUUUCGUACCAAUUAGGACGAAUAAAUAUUCUUCUGGUGGCAUCUAUUUAACCAAUAAACAAAUGUUAUUAGUAUGAUAACUAACUCAGUUGGCUACCAACUCAAAUGGUUACCAUCUGAUUUGGUAGUCAAUUUAACCGACAUGGAAGCCAUCUCAAGUGGGACUUAACUGACUUGAUAUGAUCGAUUAAUUGUCUCAAUAGAAUUGUUGUAUACAUGAUCAAACUCAACUUAUAUUUGUUUUCGGCGACCAAAUUCUUUCGGCGAACAUUUUUCGGCAAAUUUCCUUCGGUAAAAUUUUCUUUUCGGCGAAAUUCGUCUUCGGCGAAAAUGGACUAAAUCCAAAAUAAGGAGAAGCGAUGCAAUUUGAUCGUGUGUCAUUCUCGUAGCGAGUCUUCGAUUAUAGUUUUAUAUGUGUUCUCAUCGUAUUUUCUCAUUAGGAUUUACGCUUGGCUAUACUUUGUUGAUCACGAUCACGAUCACGAUCACGAAAUUCUUUUUGGAUCUAUCAAGAACAAUACCUUUAAGGGUUUAGAAAAAAAUUUUCAGAAUACCACGUCUCUUUUCGUAGUUUCUAAAGGAUCCUUCAUUCAAAAAAUUUGAAACUUUACUAGCAGAUAAAUGUUGUAGAAUUGAGCAAAAUUUAUUAUAGAGUCAAAGUCCCCGAUUGCUGUUUUCUAUUAGGCAUUGUUUGGCUCACAAUCAGUUUUAAAAAUUCAUUUCUCCAACGACUGUUGAAAAAUUCACCGGUUCUACGAAAAUAUUGGCGAAACUGUAAAAUUACAGUAAUUUUGUUUUCUAUUUAGUAAGGGAAUACAGCAAAGCUGCAAAAUCAAAUAAAGUAUUUUGAAAAAGUUUGGGCAAUGUUAUGGCUGUGUUUUUUUUUUGACCGGUACUCAUUAUUUUGAAAACAUCGUUAUCGAAGUAUUACUAUUCUGAAACGAAGAAAUUACAUAAGCAAAAUAAUCAUUUGUUGAAAGGAAAGAUUUCUUGAAGACCGGAGAGAUUGAACUUGAUAAUAACGUUAAUAUUUACCUGAUAUCGAUGAUAUGUAUCAAUAAUUUCGUUCAGUCGUCCAGACACGUUACGAGCUGAACAUAAAAGGUCAAAUUUAUUCAAAUUGUCCAAAAUACGAUAGACGAGUUCAAUCGGUAGCGUCAGAAGAGACGCAGAAACUUGAUGUGCCAUAAAUUUUGCUUGUUAUCAAACACAAUAUUUUGUUACAAAUAAAUAUUUGUUGUGUUUUCUCCAUUUAUGUAGACAUUUUUAUUGAUAAUCUGUUAUCUACCUUCAUUAUCUGUGUGCAAUUUUCUCCCUUAAAGAUAACGCAAACAAAUGCAACGUAGCAAAUAGAAUAAAACAAACGUACCAAAGUGACUUAUCGUAUAGAAGCGUUUUCAUCAUCAAUACAUGAAAGACUUUGCUUCAUUUUUUCUUUCACUAUCGCCAUCAGUUUCAAGGUAAACGUGAAAAGGGUGGGUAGUGUGGUGGGUGUGGGGUGUGGGUGCUCUUCUUUUGCAGACACACACUCACCCACAGCCACAUACACCCACACCACAUCCUAAUUGACGCAUAAAAUAAAUAGAACUUGAAAAAACUUUUAAGAUUCUCAUGGCCCAGUGAAAAUGUGUUUCGUUUUUUAUGGAACAAUAGAUCGUAGGAUUAUGUAAAGUUCGACAUUCAACUGAACUUUUAUUGAAUAUAGAUUUUCUAUUUUAACGGAAUUCGUGAGCUUUUAAUUAAACAAUAUUUUAGUUGAUAUAUCAUAAUUUAUAGUAUUAAUUCAGUUUUUAUUGCUAGUGUAAGAUGAGUAGAAGGGACUUCAUUCGUAAAGAUAAUGCACUCACUAACAUCCAUAUAUCAAAAUCGUGUUUUGUUUUCGACAAUCUUUUUUCUGUAUUUUUGAUUUUCUACACAAAAUGUUUUUAUACCUCAAUUAAUUUAGUCUCCAUUCGAUGUUUGAUUUCAUGUUUUUAAUGAAAAUUACAUGAUGUGUUCGAAUUCAAUUACUUUUGAUUGAUAUGAGUAUAUUUUAAGAGUUCAACAACGAAAAUUUAAGACUUAAGAUGAUUUUCUAUUUAGAUAAUUGAAAUUGAAUAAAACAAUUGAAACUUUAAAUUUUAAUAGUUUUUUUGAAUUAUGGUGUUUUUUUAACCUAAAACCUUUAUUUAUUUUAUUUUUGAGACAAUUGAUAUGAAUAAGAAACAAGAAUAGUCUAGUAUGCUGAAUAGCAUCAUCUUGUUUCGGAUUAAAUUCAAAAUUUAAAUAUUAUUAGGUCAAACAGGAUGGGAAAAAUCAUCUCUAUUUGAUAUUCUUGCGCAUCGUAAAGAUCGAGAAGGUCUACAUGGUCAAAUUCUUUUCGAUGGUUCAUCACCACCCGAUUCAUUUAAAUAUAUGGUUGGCUACGUUAUUCAAACGGAUACGAUUUGUAAGACACUUACUGCACGAGAAAAUCUCAUGUUUUCGACGAAUAUUCGUCUACCUGGAGAAGUAUCUUAUGAAGAGUGUGUAGGGCGAGUGACAAAAAUUAUUUCUGAUCUUGGACUUAAUUCAUGUGCGGAUACAAGAAUCGGUACCGAAUUCAUCAGAGGUGUUUCUGGUGAUGAACGAAAACGAACAUGUAUUGGUAUGGAAUUGGUAUUAGCACCUAAAAUAUUUUUUCUUAAUGAACCGACUAUAGGACUUGAUGCAACAACAGCUCGAAAUAUAAUGCAAUGUUUAAGUAAACUAUCAACAGAAGGAUGUGAAAUGUAUUACCAUGGUCAAGCGAAAGAUCUAUUAGAUUAUUUUUCUCAACAAGGUUAUACAUGUGAAAGUCAUGAUAAUCUAGCUGAUUUCGUAAUUAUUGUUCUAAUAGAUGUCAAUCAAAAGGCCGACACAUUGGAAAAGUUACAUCUAGCUUAUGAAAAUUCUUCCAUGAAUAAAAGCAUUAUGGAACUUAAAAGACAACAACUAGUCGAUGAUCAUUUUGCAAGACGAACUAAUAAAAAAAUCACGUAA